UGAAAAUACUAUGGGCCUAGCCUAUAGUAUAAUUUUAUAAAAACAAAGUUACCUAAUUCAUCAUACUUCAAGAAAUAGUUUACUUUUCCUGAAGACAGAAUUAAACAAACUUAAUUGCCAAACAAUGGAAACCAUGAAGUUGAAUGCCGUGAAUCAAUCGGUUUCUAUGCAAAAUUCAAGGAUGCACUCCAACUUGUCACUUUACAAGCAUCACAUCAAAACUCCGCAUAUAGAGCCUCCUAGCCAACUGGCCAGACAAAUGAGUCACCGUAGAACAUCGAUUAUUCCAAGCGCUAAUGUAUACGAAUCUGUCAAAAUUAACGAUAAGGAAGAACAGGAGAUAUUGAAAAAAGAGCUGAAGAAGAAAAAACGCCUUGAAAACGCGUCGCCAUUCCAUAAGCUGAUGUAUGAUUUUACUGAAUCAAUGCUUUUUAAUGGCUUCAUCAUGUUCGUAAUCCUACUGAAUACGGUCAUCCUCUGUGCUCUGACUUAUGAAAUAAUAGCCGUUCGUAUUGGUUGGUACACGACGUUCAUAGAUUAUAUAUUCCUUGUAAUCUACUUCCUGGAAUGUGUCGCCAAGUUAUACGUAUGGCGUUUGGACUAUUUCAGGGAGGCGUGGAACAUAGUCGAUUUUGUGAUCGUAAUGUGUAACAUUGCAGAUCUCUUAGUUCCCGUUAUUUUGGGUAGUGAAGUGAAUAUACUACAGUUUCUAGGUAUUCUGCGGGCAAUGAGGGCGCUAAGAGCUUUACGAGUGCUUCGUACCGUAAGGUUUCUCAACAGCUUGCAGGUUAUUAUGAAUACAUGUCUCCAGUCUAUGCAAUCUAUGGGAGCGAUCGUCUCUUUAAUUUUCCUCUUUCUGUGUAUCCUUUUAUUAGUAUCUUUGAUAGAACCCGAGCAUUUUGAGCAAUUCAUAUCGCCAAAAGAGUAUAAAACUGCAAGAGGUCCGACUGCCCUGAUUUUGAAUGUACGCGAUGGAACAUUAAAAAAAGGACUACCACAAGAAAUGAGGCACCUUAUUAGAUUUUGA